AGAUAUUCCUUUAAAGCUGUGGCUUGACUGCAAGACGUCCCAGAGGAUCCAGUCGAUGCACCAAUACAAAAAUACCUUUCGAGUGGACGUAAACAUUAUAUCACAACAGUAACGAACGAAGGAAAGAGAUACCGAUAACUGGGUGCCAAGAAGACAGCUGCUCCUCUUUUCCAAAAGGACGAGGCGCACAACGUCUUUGGAACAACUGCUGUUGCAUGCAGUCAUCUGCAGAGGUUACUGUAUGAAGCUUUUAAGGCCUUUUUGAAUGAUCAGCCACUCGAUGGGGAUUCACCGAGGAGCUCUCACCUGUGUCGCCUCCUGCCCUCCGCCCCGCCGCCUGCCCUCCCUCUUCUGCACCUCCUCCACACACAUCAUGAAACUGGUAUUAACUGAAUGGCAAUUGAUAUGGAUUUUUACUGAUUCCAGUAGACUGUGAAGCAACAAAAACACAAAAAGGGAGGAAAAGCCAUAUCUAAUUUUCACACGUCCUUCUUUACACCAAAUAAACCUGCCUGUGGGGUGCUGUUCUAGGCUGCCUGCACAGGCCCUCCCUGAAAACAACACCUCUCUGGAAAACACGAGGAAUGUAUCGUACGCUUUGAGAGAUUCUUCUUCCUACCUGAUUACCUCGUUUGAGGACAUCGACGGCCGAGGGAGCUAUACUUUGAGGACCAGCUCUCACAACAGGUGCCACCAAGCCACCAGUGUGAGCAUACAGAUUCUUUUUUACAUUUAAAAAAGAUAUAUAUAUUGUUUUUCUCUGGAGCCUGAAGUGCUGUGCGUUUGGCUGUGUGCAUGCCGAAGAAGAAGAAAAUGGCUCCCCAGAACUCUGAGGCGGAUGCUAUGCAAGUGCAGGGGGUGAUGGUGGUCCCUACUGCUAAGAAAACCACCACAGACUCUGCUGCCACAGGGGAUAGAGGAGGAGGAGGAGGAGGUGUGGUGCUGGAGUCAUGCCAGGAGGAGUCGGUGAGCGAGGGGUCUAUAGACCGGAUCCCCCUGCAGCAGUGGGUGAUGCACGGAGCCGUCAUGUUUGGACGAGAGUUCUGCUACGCCAUGGAAACGGCCUUGGUUACGCCUGUACUGCUGCAAAUAGGUCUUCCAGAACAGUAUUACAGUCUGACGUGGUUCCUGAGCCCCAUUCUGGGUCUGAUCUUCACACCUCUGAUUGGCUCCGCCAGCGAUCGCUGCACCCUGAAAUGGGGCCGGCGACGCCCUUUCAUCCUGGCCCUGUGUGUGGGGGUGUUGUUUGGAGUAGCACUCUUCCUCAACGGGUCACUCAUAGGACUUGCCGUCGGCGACGUGCCAAAUAACCAGCCCAUAGGGAUUGUUCUGACGGUGCUCGGAGUGGUGGUGCUGGACUUCAGUGCAGACGCAACAGAGGGUCCCAUAAGGGCCUACCUACUAGAUGUGGCAGACACUGAAGAACAAGACAUGGCCCUCAACAUCCACGCCUUCUCCUCGGGUUGUGGGGGAGCAGUGGGCUACGCGCUAGGCGGUCUGGACUGGACCCACACAUUCCUGGGCUCAAUCUUCAAGUCCCAGGAGCAGAUCCUCUUCUUCUUUGCCGCCAUCUUGUUCACUAUCUCUGUGGCGCUGCAUCUGUUCAGCAUUGAAGAGCAGCGGUACAGCCCCCAGCAGGACCGGCUGGACGAGGAGGCCGACGCCGCUUCUUCCACGGCCCACAAGGCCAACUGCUCCCCAGGGAAGCUUCAUGGCCACAACACCCCCCACAUGGAGCUCAUCGGAGAGGACGACAUCUACGACCCUUGUGAUCGUUACGGCCGUUAUGAGUUCUACAGGGAUGGUGAUGGGGAAGAGGAUGGGCGCUCAUUGCACGACAUGGACAUGGACUUCCUGGAUGUGGAGAUGGUGAGGUCCAAGUCGGACUCAGUGCUGCAAAUGGCCGACGCCACACUGGAUCACCUGGACCACGACGCUCUGUCCCUGCUUCACAUCGAGCCCUCCAUCUUUGCUGACCGCCUGUCGUCCUACCACGGCUCUCCACCACGCCGCAGCAGCAGCACAGGCAGCCAGGACCUCCUCAAAACCUCCAAAAAGAUCUGCCGGCUGUCCCAGUUCCUGCAGGAGCAGGACCGCGAUGGGGAAGAGGCGCUUCUCAACAACCAGCUCAACGAGCAGAAGACGCCAAAUGGCCGGGCGCAUGCCAACGGCUUGGGCCAGGGCGCCAACGGGCAUGCCCACAUGGUCAUGAAGAACUCGGCCAGCACAAACGCUUCCAUGCGGCACCGCCGACACAUCUUCUACCGCCAGCCGUCCUGCACCUUCUCCUACUACGGCCGCGUGGGCUCCCACCGCUACCGCUACCGGCGAGCCAACGCCGCGCUGCUCAUCAAGCCCUCGCGCAGCUUGAACGACAUCUACGAGGUACAGCGGAGACAGAAGAGGAGACAGCAGAACCCCAGAGCGCGUCACCAGUCAGGCAACACCAACUCCAGCGGGGACACAGAGAGUGAGGAGGGGGAGACGGAGACCACGGUCAGGCUGCUGUGGCUGUCCAUGCUGAAGAUGCCUCCAGAGCUGAUGAGGCUCUGUGUCUGUCAUCUCCUCACCUGGUUCUCCAUCAUUGCUGAGGCCGUCUUCUACACUGACUUCAUGGGCCAGGUCAUCUAUCACGGCAACCCCACGGCUCCCGCUAACUCCACGGAACUGCAGAACUACCACAAAGGAGUUCAGAUGGGCUGCUGGGGGCUGGUCAUCUAUGCCUUGACCGCUGCCUCCUGCUCAGCCUUACUGCAGAAGUACCUGGACAACUUUGACCUGAGCAUCAAGGUUAUCUACGUCCUGGGUACGCUGGGCUUCUCCAUCGGUACGGCCGUCAUGGCCAUCUUCCCUAACGUCUAUGUCUCCAUGGUGAUGAUCAGCAGCAUGGGCAUCAUCUCCAUGAGCAUCUCCUACUGCCCUUAUGCCCUACUGGGACAAUACCAUGAGAUGAAAGAGUACAUCCACCACAGCCCAGGGAACUCCAAGCGGGGCUUCGGCAUCGACUGUGCCAUCCUGUCAUGCCAGGUGUACAUCUCCCAGAUCCUAGUGGCAUCGGCACUGGGCGCGGCGGUGGACGCCACAGGUAGCGUGCGGGUCAUCCCUAUGGUGGCGUCCGGCGGCUCCUUCCUGGGUUUUCUCACCGCCUGGUUCCUGGUCAUCUACCCGAGCCAUGGCGAUGCGGAGGCCAAGGGUGAGCAGAAAGCUUUAACAGGGUCCUCCUCUGAUAACAGCGGCACAGAGAAACCCAGUGUUCUAAAACUGACCAAGAAAGGCGCCGCCACCACUACGUGUAAAGUGGAGUGCGAAUCCACUCUGUGAUGGAGGGGGUUACUGUUAUCAUAGCAAUGCAAACGACAUCAACAAAAAAUAAAAAUAAAAACUGACAUUCCCUUUUCCGCCACCGAAGACUGUGCUGCAUGGCAUGGGUUUGACCGACCUGCUCUUUCUCUGAGACACAUGGGCCAGGAUGUUUUAAAGUUUCAUUUUUACUUUUUUCAUUUAAUAUGUGUCGCGGUCUCAGGACUGUGGUGUGGCGAGGAGAGGACAAUCAUCUCUCCCUCUCAGGGCCACCAGGAGCCGCCAUCAAGGCGGUCCGACUGGAUAGGACAGAUCAGGGGACAAUGGAUACACACGCGACCGACCGUCGUUCACACGCUGAACUGGGAUCUCUCGAAAAGACAUGCACUUCACUCUUGCACUUCCAUUCAUGGGUCAAGACAAAAAUAGUUUAAGAGAUAUUUUAUUCUUCUAAUAAGUGAAUCAUUUGAAAAUACUGAAAAUUGCUCUUCCUUUUGAUUGAACAUUUUAUUUAGUUUAUUUUACUCUAUAUAUUUUUGACAUGAUAUUGCAGAAGGACAUUGUAAUCACCAAAUGUGGCCAGGCCCGGUAUAAUUUACAGGGUUGAUGUUUUACUUUUUGGACUUUAAAGGUUUUUAGUGGCUUUAAGAGGAAACGGCACAGGUAUAAGGAGGAGAUUUCUUCUUUAGGAGAGCAUCUCCAAAGUGAGGAGCGAAAGAAGGCAUUGUUUGGUAAAUAGUUCUCUUAUUUAUUUUAUUUUAGCACAUACUAAGUUGUCACAUACUAAGACCAGUUACACUAUAUCUACACAUAGAUAUCUUUAUCCUCUUUAGUAAUUUAUACUAAGGAUCCUAUUUUCCACCUUUCAGUAUAAAUCCUUCGGAGAUCACGUCCUCAAGGGCAUUACCAUUGACGGAGAACAGAAACACUUUAAGAAAAUGCUCAAGAGAAAGAAUCUCAGUGCUGCGUUGGAGUUACGAAGGAGUGCAUACCAAACAAAGGAGAGAAGCUGAGGAGCGCUUUUCAGUCUCAGUGAGAAGAAACAGAUUUUGCGCUUAAUUUCCCUUACUACUACUUAUUUUUCUUUCUCUUGUUUCAAAAGCAAUGUUAAUGGAUUGUGUCACUCGAUGCACAAUUUCAGCUGUUGUCCUUUUUUUGAGGAUGUUACUAAAGCUAGCUAGAUGUUUGUCAAAUGUGGGAGUGCGGUUAGAUGGAGGGUUGGGGGAGGAGCCCCUAGGCAGAACUUAAACUGUGCAGGAAUUGAAGUUGGUUCUUUUCCUACCACAUAGGUCUUCUAUUUUCAGUUUCUAACUGAUUGAAAACGAAGUAAUGGGUCUUAAAAGAAGAGUAAUAUCCUCUCACUUUUGUAGUCUGUUUACAUUUUAGAAACCUGGUUGCUGCAUGGUUUGGGCCAUGUGGCGAGUUGUGCUGUGCUCGGAAGCAGCCCUAGCUAAAUGCUAACCUGCCAUGUUGGCUCUGCAUGGCCUACAUACAGUGCAUUGGGAAAGUAUUCAGACCCCUUCAAUUUUUCCACAUUUUGUUACGUUACAGCCUUAUUCUAAAAUUGAUUAAAUUGAGUUUUUUCCUUAUCAAUCUAAAUA